UUGGCCAAGUAAUAGAUGUAUCUAAAUAAAGAAUUUAGUGAAAAGCAAAUAGUUAGUAUAGUUGUCGCUGAAUAGAUGACUUCAUACGGUCGCUAUAACCAUAACAGGUACAGCUGUAAAUAUAUGAAUAUGAGAAUACCACCGUAUGAGUAGCCAUGGAGCGCGGACUUUGACACACAUCAUCUUCACGAUACAGAUAACAGUCUGGGCCAUGGCGAAAGACGAAGACAUACCAGGGGACGCUGCUACCCAAGACUUGAAAAAAGACAAAGUGUGUGGAUUCAAUAGAAAAUAUCUGAUUCCGAAAGGAUUCUAUUUCUUUUUCUUCGCAGCACAAGGGUCACUGUUGCCAUACCUCUCGUUAUAUCUGAAGCAACUGGAACUCCCUGCUAGCCAAGUCGGGAUAAUCACAGGAAUCAAGCCCUAUAUCGCUUUCUUUUUCAUUCCGGUAUGGAGUGCCAUAGCAGAUAAAUACCGUAUAAGCAGGCUUCUCUUCUUCAUCUCCACCAUAGCCAUAAACCUCGGGUUGCUGUCUUACGCGUUCGCACCCAUGGAUUUGUGCGAGGACAAGUCACUGAGAAAUGUCACGAAAUUUCACCGCAGUGUGGAGUUCCAUGGCAUUCCUUACAAUAUCAGCUACAUGGAAAGAGUGACGGAGAUGGCGCAAGACUCCUCUGAUCUGACGCCCUGGCCUCAAGGAGAUCAGAUAGCCUUUGAAGGAACCGACACUUACCACAGCGCCAAAAAAACUCAAGUGUUUCUGUACCUUCUGCUUGUCACUGUGUUCUUCACGGUUAUCUCUUGCCCGAGCUUAACGUUUGGGGAUUCCGCCACGGUCCAGCUCUUGCGGGAAAACAAUGAGACCCAUAAAUACGGCAAACAGAGGCUUUGGGGCUCGAUAGGCUGGGGUAUGAUGGCUUUUCUCGUGGGUGCGGCGGUCAGUAAGACACACCUCUGUCCCCCUGGCAGCGCGAAGAGAAAAGACGUCAAUUACUACCCUUGUUUCUACACCUACGGUGGGUUUAUGCUUAUAGCCUUGUUCAUAGGGCUAAAGCUGGACUUUGAGAAGAACAAAUCCGAACCAGAUAAUGUACUUCUUGAGGAUAUCGAGAUCGCUGAGCACUCUAGUGAGCCACCGCAAAGAAAAAGUGUGUUGAAAGGUAUCCAGUCUCUAAUGACUGCACAUUACAUGAUCUUCCUUACCACUGUGUUCUAUGUGGGUAUCGCGAUGGGCCUGAUUAAGGUGUUCCUAUUCUGGCACCUGAAGGAUCUCGGUGGCACCCAGAUGCUAUUCAGCAUCAUGUCCGGGGUAAACUGUGUGGCGGAAGUGACCGUGUACUUCCUGUCCUCCCGGUUGAUCUCGUCGUUUGGGGCGGUGCGUGUACUGUGGUUAGGUUUGAUGUGUUACUCUUUUCGACUGUUCUUCUAUGCAUUUGUGAAGAAUCCCUGGUAUGUGAUACCUAUCGAGACGCUGUCUGGGGUUACAACGGCUGGCGUAUGGGCGUCACUCAUGUCAUUUGUGGGGAAUACCUCAGUUGAAGGAGCAACGUUCACGCUACAAGGAAUUCUCCACAGUGUUCAUUGGGGUCUUGGCCACGGGUGCGGCGAGUUUAUUGGGGGUUUCUUCAUCAGCGCGGUGGGUGCUCCACGAACAUUUGCUCUGUUUGGCGUGCUCAGUUUAGCCGACCUUGGGGCUUACGUACUAAUCGAUCAUUUCGCAACUAAGACCGAGUCACCAGGUGAUGGUUACGAAAAAGUGAGCACAAAGAAAAGCCCUGAGACCGGAGUUGAUGAUGAAUAAACUUCUGUGCCAAGAAA